CCCCCUUCUUCCUUUCUUCUCCAUCAAAAAAAAAUCCCCAAUCUCCAAUGGCGAAAUCCACAAAAAUUCUCUCAUCAAUCCUCCUUCUCUUCUUCAUUUUCACUUUAUUUUCUUCAUCAAACGCAUUAGGCGGAAAACUCGGCGGAAGAACACAAAUCAAAGACGUGAAAACAAAUCAGGAAAUUCAAGAUCUAGGUAAGUACUGCGUCGAAGAACACAACAGAAAUUUGCGGAAACAAAAUGGUGCUUUGAGUUCUUUAUUGAGUUUUUCUCAAGUUGUUGAAGCGGAAAAACAAGUUGUGUCUGGUGUUAAAUAUUACCUAAAAAUCUCAGCUAUUGUUAAAUCAUCUAGUUCACCAAAAUUGUUCGAUGCUGUUGUGGUUGUUAAAUCUUGGGAGAAGAAGCAGAAGAAGGAACUGCUUACGUUUUUUCCUUCUCCUUCACCGGCUACCAAGUGAAUUUCUUUUUGAUGGUUGAUUGUGGCUAAAAGUUAAAACUUCUACUAGUGCUAAUGUUUAAAAUGAGGUUGUUAAUCUAAUUUUGAAGUACUUUAAUUUGUAGCCUAUUUUGAGUUCACUUGUGUACUAUGUGAUGCAAUAAUCAAUGAAUGACAUAUGUAUUAGUAUGUUGUUAUAGAUAAA